AUGUCGUUCUCAGGGUUCGGAGGCGGAGGCUUUGGCCAAAACAACAACACCAAUAACCAAACAACUGCAUUUGGUGGAUUUGGCCAAGCGAACAACAAUACCAACACAGGUUCAGGUAAGGCGGCAGAAUCCACGCAUUUGACGAGAAUCAAGCUGACACCAACUUCAAAAGCAUUUGGAUCAACCAACACGGGCUUCGGGCAAAACAACAAUUCAGGCAGUCUGUUUGGCGCCCCCAACAAUAACGCAACGUCGACAACGUCUAGUUUCGGCGCCGGUACAGGUGGGUUUGGAUCGAACAACAACAACACCUUUGGCGCCAAGACCGGGUUUGGCGCAACCAAUACUGGCGGCAGCCUCUUUGGUGGCGCCACCAACAACACAACGAACACCGCCAACACUGGAUCGUUUGGUGGGUUUGGCAGCACGAACAACAAUACCUCAACGGGUUUUGGCGGUGGUGGCGGCGGGUUGUUUAGCAACAAUGCUAACAAGCCAGCCUUCGGUUCUACAGGAACCGGCUCGCUGUUUAGUGGCAACAAUACCACCAACACGACGAGUGGGUUUGGGACCAGCACUGGAUUCGGCGCAGGAAACACGGGCGUUACCGAGAACACAGGAACGGCCAACACUGCUUUCCAGGCAUUUACGGAGAAGGAGGGUACAACAACCAAUACGCAAAGCUUCCAGAACAUCCUCUUCCAGGACCCGUACAGGAAGUGGUCGGCUGAUGAGCUGCGACUUGCGGAUUACGCUCAAGGAAGGCGCCAUGGAAACCCGAGUGGUGCAGGUGCCUUCGGCGUGAGCUCCAACUUCGGUGGUGGUUUCGGGUCAACUCAACAAACAUCAGGCUUCGGAAACACCAAUACGACGAACACCACCGGCGGACUUUUCGGUGGCAACACCAAUAACACUGCCACCAAUACCUCGACGGGAUUUGGCGGCACUGGCACAUCGGCCUUUGGUGCCACCAACAACAACGCUUCGGGUGGGCUAUUUGGCAAUGCCAACAAGCCAGCCGGUGGCUUGUUUGGAUCCACCAAUACUACACAGCCAGCGGCUACCGGAUUUGGAACAAAUACAGGCACUGGAUUCGGAGGAACGAGCAGUUCCUUUGGCGGAAACAACACUACAGGUGGUCUCUUUGGCGGAAAUACCCAGGCUAAUAAGCCUGCAACUGGUGGCCUAUUCGGCGGAGCUAAUAAUACAGCAACGAACACCUUUGGUACAAAUACAGCCGGCGGAUUCGGCGCCACUAAUACGAAUACUAGCGGCGGUCUGUUUGGAGCCAACAACACAGCCAACACUAACCAGUCAACCACGGGCGGUUUGUUUGGAGGAAACAACAACCAGCAACAGAAUCAGCAAUCUGGGUCUUUGUUCGGUGGUGGUUUUGGUCAGCAGAACAACCAGCAACAACAGGCUGGAAAUUCUGUGUUUGGCAACCAAGCAAAGCCAGCAGGUGGUCUCUUCGGAGGCAACACGGCUCAGCCAGGAAGCACCGGUGGCCUUUUCGGCGGCGCCAACAACCAGCAACAGCAAAACACCGGCGCUUUUGGCGCUACUAAUAGUAAUGCUGGUGGUGGUGGGCUUUUCGGUGGCGCAAAGCCUGGCGGGUUGUUCGGUACUGCCACAAACCAAACCGCAAACACUGGGACGGGACUCUUUAAUAACAACGCUCAAACUCAACAAAGUGGAACUACCGGUCUUUUCGGUGGUGCCAACAAUCAACAGCAGAAGCCAUCACUAUUUGGAACUUCUCAAAACGCGGGCGGAUCCCUCUUUGGUGGCCAAAACAACCAAAACGCCGGAUCUUCGCUAUUUGGUGCCAGUGCCAAUCAGCAAGCCCAGGGCCUUGGAAACUCGAUGUUGAAUAAUUCUCAGCAAGCCAGCAAUGCCCCUCAGGGCCUUACUGCUAACUUGAAUGACGUCUCCGCCUACGGAAGUCCUUCCCUAUUCGGAAGCAGUAUCAAUAACGAGGUCGCAAACCCCGGUCCUCUCGCGACGCCACUCAACAGCAGCGCUAAGCCGAAGCGAGGCUCUAUUCUUGCUAUGUCCAAGAUGGCACCCGCCUCUGCGUCGCGUUACGGAACCCCCCAGAAGAGGGCAUACGGCUUUUCAUACAGCACCUAUGGAACACCGGGUGGAAGUCCUGCUAGCAGCAUCGCGAGCACUCCGGGAACCCUAGGCCGAAGCCUACUUGGUGCUAGUUCUAGUGGAUCUCUCAGCAAGAGCAUGUCCACAAACAACCUACGACGAAAUUUCAACACGGAUGAUAGUAUCCUCGCCCCAGGUGCCUUUUCUUCCAGCUCAGGUCCCCGGUGGUAUGGCAGCACAGGAUCAAAGAAGCUUGUUAUUAACCGCGACAUUCGAAGCGACUUGUUCUCGACCCCGCAGAAGGAUAAACUGAUCGUGGAUGGCAACACCAGCUCAAGGAAACUGUCUAAGCGGGUGAGCUUUGACACCAGCAAUGUCGAGCCUGAUGGCGAAACCGUCAUCCGCGGUGCCCUGCCAGCUCCGGAAAGCUCGCCGAUUGCACAGGCGGAUGAGACCCCUCGCCAAAAUCGCCAUUCCAAUGGAAUCAACGGCGCUCGUACACCAGAGGCUGAUACUAACCGAAGCACUGACCUGAAAAUCGUGCACGAGGAGGACCACUCUGCCACACCUGAAGCUAAUUCCGUCGGUGGAGUCGACAAGGCUCCUGGCGAUUACUGGUCUCAACCUUCCUAUGAGGAACUGAAGAACAUGAAUAGGAUCCAGCGACAGUCUAUCGACAACUUCGUGAUUGGGCGUCACAAUGUUGGCUCCAUCGCUUUCAAGUUCCCUGUCGAUAUCACCGGCAUCGAGGUGGAAGAGUUAUAUGGCGGUAUUAUCCAAUUGGAACCCCGAUCAGCCACGGUUUAUCCAGUCACUGCGAAGAAGCCACCAGUCGGCAAGGGUCUAAAUGUUCCAUCCAAAAUAUCGCUUGAGCAAUCAUGGCCUCGUGGGUCUCGUGAUAAGGUGACCACAGACCCCAAGCGCUUCAAGAAGCACGUCGAUCGUCUCAAGAGGAUUCCCGACACCACUUUUGAAAGCUACGACAAGGAUAGUGGAGUUUGGGUUUUCUCUGUGGAGCACUUCACCACAUAUGGUUUCGACAACUCGGAAGAUGAAUCUGACGAGGAGAUGGCUACUGAGGAGGUACCUGAGCAACCAUCUGUGCCCUCCCGAGCCCAGCAAUUCAUUUUGAAUUCCUCGGUAAGCUCUUCAAAUGCUGACGAAGCCUUUGAACCUCGAAGAUCUCACGGCCUUCCGGGUGCCUUCGAUGAACAGGAAAUCAUGGAUGAUGGUGUCGCUGCUCCUUUCCAGCAGUCUUUUUUAGGGAAUAGCUCUGCGGAUUCGGCACCCAACGAUGUUCGGCUGUCUCUCGACAACGAGGACCUGGCUGACAUGGGUGAAGGAUAUGACUUGUCUGACAACGAAGAUGUAGCGAGGUCUUCGGUCAGACAGCAUCACGUCGCGGAGCAUGAUGGAUACUCGUCCCAGGAGGAUCAGGAUCCUGAUCCAGUGACUCCUGGCGGAAUUCUUAGAGCCCGAAUGCGAGCUGUGAAAGAAUCAGCCGGGCCUCUAGAACUGGAAAUUGCUGAUGGAGACGAUUGGAUGGAGAUGCUCAAAAAGACUGUAAGCCCUGUCAAAAGAGAUAGACAGCUUCUCAAGGGCCUGAAUGACUCUUCACCACGGCGUGUGGGCGCGCUGGUAGAUCCCAGCUUCGAAGCUGACCAAGAUCUUCGAAAGUCCGCAGCUUUCAGGAGGACAACCACUUCAAGACUGGCUGGCCUGCAGGCACCCACGCAACUGAGCAUGGAAAAGGGUCGCGGUUUUGCAACGAGCAUCGAUUUGAUGAAUUCUCUCUUCGAGAAGCCCAACCGAACAACGACACAAAACCAUCGGGUUCCCAUCUCGGCCGAGAAAGGUUUUCCAAAGUGGCCCUAUGAAAGACAACCAAAAUCUCUUGAAAUCGAUGAUGCAGAGCAGGCAUUUCAUGAUGCCAGUCGUCCAACCUGGGGUCCCCAAGAAACUAUUGUUGUGACCCGAAAGCCCAAGUCCCUUUCCGCGAGCCGCGCAUCCUUCCGUUCUGCAUCGUCAGAUAUUCUAAGCUUUCAACGAUCAACAAUACAAACCGAAAAUCAAACUGUUCAGUUGGGGAAGUUCUCACUCGAACUAUCCAAAAAAUUCCUCGGUGCUCAAGAUCGCUUGACAGAGAUCCGUGUUGAGGAUGAAGUCCCUGUAGCUUCGCUUCGCUCCCCGAGUGUUGCCAGGGUCUUCCACCACGAAGAAAUGAAUGACCCCGCCAGCAUCCAUGAAAAGCGCGUGUGGGAGCUGGCGAGCAUUCUUUUCGACGAUCUUGAGAAUGACGGGACCGGGCAAUUGGCGCAGUCUGUGCGUAAAUCCAACCUCUCUCGUUAUUGGACAACUCUCGUCGACGCUAUUUGCUCGACUUCAAUCGGGUUAGCCGGCUCAAGCGAAGAAAAGGCAGUCGCAUGUUUGGCAGGCCAUCGUGUUUCCGAAGCUUGCAAAUAUCUUCUCGAGGGCAAAAACUUCCGACUUGCUACCCUUGUGUCCCUGAUUGGCACUAGCGACGUAGCUAAGAAAGAUCUGAGGGAGCAAAUCAAGGGUUGGCAUGAUUCCAAGAUGCUCUCGGAAUUUUCGGAGCCUAUUCGUGCAAUGUACGAACUCUUGAGCGGCAAUGUAUGCGUUUGCGAGGGCUUAAAGGCCGUUCCGAUUGAGGAUCGGCUGGACUCAUUCGUCAUUUCGAAGAAGUUUGGACUGGACUGGAAGCAAGCGUUUGGUUUGCGACUUUGGUACGCUAUUUCACAGCAAGAGGAUCUUUCGGUUGCGGUCCAACAGUUCCUGGCGGAUAUCCAGCAGGAUAAAGAAGCCCUGCCACAGCCAUGGUACCGGGAGCAAGGUAUCAGCCCUCUCUGGGAUGACGACAAGACCAGUCAAAGGCAGGAUCUCUUAUGGGGUCUCCUCCAACUGUACGCAGAUCCAAAGGCUGAUCUGGAAGCCAUCUUACGUCCAGAGAACUCGCAGCUAUCACCUCUGGAUAUGAGGUUGACCUGGCAAUUGGGAGUUGCGCUUGUCGCGACAGGCAAAGUCUCUUUCGGUUUCAACGGGAACCAGAAGAGCGAUGCAGCAUCAGUGGCGUAUGCGUCCCAGCUCACCAGUGCUGGAGAGUGGGUUGAAGCAAUCUUUGUAUUGCUACAUCUGAGCGAGCCGCUUGCCCGAAAGAAGGCUGUACAGGAACACCUAUGCCGCCAUGCCGGUCUGAUCGAUGCGGAUCUGGAAGGGAACUUCACCCUCCUGACAGAGAAAUACCAGAUUCCUGCGCCAUGGAUCUGGGAGGCCCUCGCUCUAUACAACCGCAGCGUCAAGAAGGAUGCGACGGCGGAAGUACAAUGUCUUCUCAAGGCUGGCUCGUUUUCAGAGGCGCACCGUAUCCUUUCGCAGCAGGUAGCACCCCUAGCCAUCAUUGAAAGGGGCUACAAGCAUUUAUCAGCACUUCUUUCGCAAUUCGAUGGCCGCCAGGAGCAUAUCUCGGACUGGCAACUCGGAGGAGAGGUGUACAGCUUGUUCCUGACACUUGUGCAGUACCGUAAUAAGGGCGACGGUGCUCCCCGCAGUCUGCUUGAACAACUGACUGCCGGGCUGUUUGCUAUGAACGAGGAUGCCGCCGAUGGGGAGAUCAUUCGGUUUGCUGCUUUGUCUGACAUGGCGGACGAGACUGCCAAAGAGAUCUUGAAGUCGACGAGGAAGAAGCAGGAUACCGAAUUCCGCUCAAAAAUCCUUCGACUCCCACUCACUCAGGAUCGUCUUUUGGCAUAUUCUGUUGAUCUCGGAAUGGAGCGGUAUAGGGAGGUGAUGUCUCACUAG